AUGCCUUUUGGUCUCACAAACGCUCCCGCCGCAUUCCAACACUUUAUGAAUGACCUGUUCAGGGACCUGAUUGACGUAACAGUGGUAAUUUACUUAGAUGACAUUCUCAUCUUCUCAGAAAAGCCGGAGGAACACCCGCUCCACGUCAGAGAAGUUCUGUCUAGACUAAUGAAGAACCAGUUGUUCUGCAAACUGUCAAAAUGUCAUUUCCACGUCACUACGGCAGUCACGUCGUGGCCACAGCCCAAGACAAUUAAACAGGUCCAGGCCUUCCUAGGGUUCGUCAAUUACCUCCGCCGGUUUAUCCCCAACUUCAGCUCGGUUGCACGCCCUCUACAUAAUCUCACCAGAAAGGAAACCCCUUGGUCAUGGGGCAACCUAGAAGAGGCAGCAUUUCAGGAGUUGAAGGUUCUUGUUACCAGAUCACUGGUUCUCAUCCAUUCCAACCCAGAACUCCCCUAUUACCUUGAAACAGACGCCUCAGGGGUUGCCAUGGGAGCCAUUCUUAGUCAGCAGGGUUCAGAUAACCGAUUACACCCAAUUGCGUACAUGUCCAAAUCGUUCUCAGGGGCAGAAGGAAACUAUGACACUCACGACAAAGAGCUCCUGGCCAUCAUCAAGGCCUUGGAGGAAUGGCGCAUUUUCCUGGAAGCUACAGACAAGCCGGUUCAGGUAUUUACAGAUCACCGCAACCUUGAGUACUGGAUGCAGGCACGGACCUUCAACCGCAGACACGCACGAUGGCGCAUCUUCCUGAGCAAUUUCAAUUUUGAGAUUCACUAUCGUCCGGGAAAGCAGUCAGGGAAACCAGACGCGUUAUCAAGAAGGUCAGAUUAUGUGGACACACCCCCAGAACCAGAAGUCAUGCUUCCGUCGGAAGUCUUUGCCAAUACGUCAGAGGAAGAAGUCAAAAUUGUCACAGAAAUUCGCUCCAAACUCAGGGAGGAUCCAUCACUGGAACCUAUCAUCCAGUUCCUGACGGAAGACGCGGAUAAUGCACCUCCUUCCAUCCAAAAGGCUUACCGGGAUUAUGACUGGGAAGAAGAUCUCCUUUGGUACCGCGGAAAAUUGGUAGUCCCAGACUCAGAGCCUCUCAAGGAACAAUUGCUUAAGGAAUUUCACGACUCCCCGCUAGCAGGACACCCAGGGCAGCAGAGGACUUUAGAACUCCUUAGCCGGAACUACUGGUGGCCAGGCAUGAAGUCAUCAGCAAAAGAAUGGGUCGAAUGUUGCCCCACCUGCCAAGCCAAUCGUCGCGCUCAUGCCCCUGUAAUCUCCCUGAAACCCUUAGAAGUCCCCCCUUUCCCAUUUCAUACGAUCUCCUAUGACUUCAUCACCGGGUUCCCCAAGUCACAAGGACACAAUGCAAUCCUGGUAGUUAUAGACUCAUUCUCCAAGUUUGGCCAUUUCAUCCCCACAUCAAAGAAGACCACCGCCAAGGGAUUAGCAGAUCUAUUUGUUGCCCACGUUUGGAAACUCCACGGACUACCAGUCAGGACCAUAUCAGAUUGA